AAUUAGCCACGCGCUAUCAGACAGACAAAAUCCCACAGAUAUGCAAAGAUCUCUCAGAAUCCUCUCCCCAUAUCAUAUUUUUCUCUUUUCCCUCUCCUUCUUUCUUCCUUUAUAAAUCCAUUUAUUCUCCUCUCAUCUCUCAGCAAAAUCAAAUCCUCAUAGUUGAUUCUCUCUAUCUCUCUCACGAGUCACGAUCCUACUCUUCUUGAUAUGGCUGAGGUUUUGCGUCCCGAGAUGUUAGAUAUCUCUAACGACACUUCUUCAUUAGCAUCACCGAAACUUCUUCAUGUUCUUGCUGUUGAUGAUAGUAUGGUUGAUCGGAAGUUCAUCGAGCGGUUACUCAGAGUCUCAUCUUGUAAAGUUACUGUUGUCGAUAGUGCGACAAGAGCUUUACAAUAUCUUGGAUUAGAUGGAGAGAAUAAUAGUUCGGUUGGAUUUGAGGAUCUGAAGAUUAAUUUGAUAAUGACGGAUUACUCUAUGCCUGGGAUGACUGGAUAUGAACUACUGAAGAAGAUCAAAGAAUCAUCAGCUUUCAGAGAAAUACCAGUUGUGAUUAUGUCUUCAGAGAACAUCUUGCCUCGUAUCGAUAGAUGUCUUGAAGAAGGAGCUGAAGAUUUCUUAUUGAAGCCUGUGAAAUUAGCUGAUGUGAAGAGAUUAAGAGAUUCUUUAAUGAAAGCUGAGGAAAGAGCUUUUAAGAAUAUUAUGCACAAGAGAGAGCUUGAAGCUAAUGAUAUCUACUCGCAGCUAAAACGCGCAAAGAUCUGAGUUUAUCAGAUUCCACGUACGAUAUGUUCUUUAAAAGCUCAAAGAUUCACACACAUGCAUGUCCUGAUUCUUUCGGCUUACAAUUUUUGAGACAUUACGGCUUCUUUUGCUGAUAGAACCAAGACUGAUCAAGAGUGACAAAGAUGGGUUUUUAUAAGAUAGAAAUGUAAAUUGUAGACUUGGAUUCAUUAGAGAGGAGAAGAGAUACAUUUUUUUUUUCUUUACAUGAGAGAUAUGUAAAAUGGUGGUGUGUUAUUUUGGAAGUUAACAUAUGAAUUUCUUUUGUUAAGAUUACUUAAAUAAUGAUUUAGGAAUGGAUUAGUAGUUUAGUACCGUUCAUUACACGAAGACAAGCUAAUCUUUUGUCUAAUUAAAAUAAAGCUGUCUACAUGAAUCGAAUCCAGCGAGAUAAGUUAGUUAUUUUAAGCGUUGGUUGGAACACUUUACAUGGCUUUUCGUAGAAAUUUCCCCAAGUUGGGUUUUAUUAAGACCAAGAAAAUUCUAGUCUCCUAGACUUUUUUUUGUUUCUUUUGUUAAUUUAGUCUCCUAGGCUUUUUCAUUCUAUCUGAAAGCAAAAUAUGGUUAUGCAAUUUGGUUUAGCCAAAAAAACAAACUAAAUUUUUCUAGUCCGGUUCAUGUAACUUCAUAAUCAAACAAGUAAAAGUCGAAUGUGACGCGUCUUGCC